UAUGUAGUUGUUUGAUCGGAUUUGAGACUAAUAAUAAAAACUAUUCCCCAUCAAUUCAAUAAACUAUGUAAAUGAAAACAUUAAAACGGAAAAGGCACUGGCACAUUACAAAUGUACACGGAAUUAAAAGCGCGAUGAAAAACAAGUGAAGCGCGAAAACAAAAGAGCUAAGAUGACUCUUUACUUUUAAUGAAGAGAUGUUCUUUUGCGUGAAAUAGUGAAUAGUUGAGGAUGAGAUUCGAAAGGACCUGCUUUUGGUCGAUGCUGCAGGCAUUGGCUUUGUUGCCUACUAUGGCUUUGAAAGAUGCUCAAACAACCACGAAGAAAUUCCCCGAUGACCCAGAGUUCGAGCGGCCGAUCGGCAACCAUACAUUCUUCUUAGGGCGUGAAGCAGUGCUAGGAUGCGCUGUCACCAACCUGGGCAAGCAUAAAGUGGGCUGGCUCAGAGCGGAAGAUCAAACAGUGUUAACCAUGCACGACCGAGCUGUCCUCGGCGCCCGUUACUCCGUCAGCCGAGAUUCCCCACGGACUUGGCAAUUGAGGAUCCGGCCCCUUCGGGCUGAGGACCGUGGUUGUUACAUGUGCCAGAUCAACACGCAGCCAAGUAUGAAGUGGCAGAUCGGGUGUAUAGACGUUUUUGUGCCCCCCGACAUCAUGAGUGACGACACGUCUGGAGAUGUCUCCGUCCAAGAACUGGAGAACGCCACCCUCACCUGCAAGGCCACGGGUCAUCCACCCCCCAAAAUUACAUGGAGAAGGGAGGACCAUGAGCCGAUCCUGCUGAAGAAGACGCUUUCCAGGGAGUUUGUCAAAGUUGAGAGUUACGUGGGCAGCUCCCUGCCGUUAUGGCGGGUGGAUCGCAAGCAGAUGGGAGCUUUCCUCUGCAUAGCAUCCAAUGACGUUCCACCAGCGGUCAGCAAGAGGAUCAUUUUACUUGUAAAUUUUGCACCAACAGUGAAAGUGCCAAACCAGCUCCUGGGGGCGCCACUGGGCACGGACGUCAAACUGAAGUGCUACGUGGAGGCCUACCCUAACACUAUCAACUAUUGGAUUAAGAAUAGGGGAGAGAUGCUGCUGGAUGGGCCGAAGUACACGAUACGAGAAGAGAAGUCCUCCUACAAAGUGUCGAUGUGGCUGACGAUCCGUCAGUUCGCGAGGAGCGAUAUCGGGACCUAUAACUGCGUGAGCACCAACUCGCUUGGCAAGAGUGAGGGCACGCUCAGACUCUAUGAAAUCAAGCUAAACUCCUACAAUGAGGACUUCAGCAAUCAAAUCAGCGUAGCAGGAGGUCUCACAGAAGCCGCCAAAGGAAACUCGACGAAUAAAUUACUAUUCCAAAGGACUUUGUUAACCAUACUGUUUUGUUACCUCACAAACGUUUACAUGUUUACGUAGUUAUAUAUGUAAAUAGGUGUUAUGUCGUUUAAGUAUGGGUGAUAAUCAGCCAACGUAUAAGUAUUAUACUUCAAAUUUUAUCACUUAUAAUAAUAAAACUGCCGUGAGACACUGACAUAUUAUUAAACAUGUAAAAUCGGGUAACUCACGCAAAUAUUGUCGAAGGUCGC